GCCAUCCUAAAACAGCCCACAGAAGAGAAAAGACGCGCAUCGUUUUGGACACCUUGCCCGUCCUUUCUUGGGCGCUCAGAGGCGAGCACCCUUCACUCAUGCGGGGCGCAAGGGAGAGACGCCUCGGCGGAGGCACUACCUCCGCCGCAGCCGCGCGCUCCGCACCUGCGCGCCGGUCCCGGAGGUCUGGGAAGAAAGUUGCCGAAAAGAUGCGCGAGCAGCGAUCCGGAGCCAGAGAGAGCGGCCUGUCGGAUUCGCCGGCUGUUUCCUCACCGCCACGCAGACCCCCGUUGCUCUUGUUCCCAAAGGCGGGGUACCACCCCAGCAUCUUCGAAGAGGAUCCUGAAGCUCUUUGCCAGAUCAGCUGUCAGCAAGGUUACCUCGCCGUGGCAAAGACACCUAAAACCGUGCUCCUUUUGGGCCAGGCAAAAGAUGAGCAGCAUCAGCACCUCGCGGGCAGUCGCAGCUGCAUCUACUUAAAAGAGAAAAUCAAGAUACAUUCACUGGAUUGUGAAGCAUCUCAUCUGCUCAUUCUCUCAACAAAUGGAAAACUUUCAGAGCACAAUACUGCAGCCAAAGGAACAAAACCAAGACUACUGAAAGAAUUACGAAACAAACAAAUUGUUCAGAUUGCAUGUGGUGAUCAUCAUUCCAUGGCUCUUUCAAAAGGAGGAGAACUCUUUGUCUGGGGUCAGAAUGAACAUGGUCAGCUUGGAGUGGGAAGGGAGAUGGAUCUCACUGAAGAACCACAGCUGGUACGAGCACUGGAAGGCAUUCCUUUGGUUACGAUUGCAGCUGGAUCUGCUCACAGCAUGGCCAUCUCUGUGUUUGGUACUGUCUACUCUUGGGGAAAGAAUACGUUUGGACAACUGGGCCUUGGAGACACAAAAGACAGAUACAUUCCUGCAAAUGUGAAGGCAUUAGAGCAUAAGAAGACAGUCUUCAUUUCAUGUGGUGGCGAGCACACUGCAGUUCUCUCAAAGGAUGGAUCGGUCUCCACCUUUGGAGCUGGCUGCUUUGGACAGCUUGGCCACAACUCCACACGCAACGAGCUGUUUCCACGUCUUGUGGCAGAGCUAUUUGGUGCACAGGUGACUCAGGUAGCCUGUGGAAGAUGGCACACUUUGGUCUAUAUCCCGGCACUUGGGGAAGUAUAUUCGUUUGGAUAUGGAGCAAAAGGGCAACUUGGAGAAGGAAGAAAGAGUGACCAGCUGGUUCCCCUUCCUCUUGAUCUGGCUCUUCACGAUAAAAACAUGAACUGCAGAAGUACCUCAGGCAAAGUGGUUAAAAUCAUUGCCGGAGACAAUCAAAGUAUUGUGCUUCAUCUGAAAGAAAAGAAUGCAUACACUUGUGUAACACAAACACUGGCCACAGUGGAGGAGGCAGAGGUUGCUAAGUGGUUGUCUAAUUCGGAUCCCAGCUACUGGAACAAAAUAAAAUGGGAUAUUAAGGUGAUCUUCUCAUCAGCAGCUUGCAUCAAUGGCAGCUUUCUACAAAAGAGAGAGGAAAGUUUCAGAACAUCUGAGGAGAUUGCUGGUGUUGAUAUGUCAGCUGUUCUUCUUUUCUUUGAGAAGAUUACCACUAAGCCUAAAAUCUUCACAAAGGUGCUAAAGGCUCUUGGGAGCCUUCUGCGUUGUCCUCCUCACUCUCCCACCUCACCAGAAGCACUCAGGUUCUUCCUCAUUGUGCCCGUACUUUUACGAAAGCAAGAUCUCAACUCAGACCAUCUCCUUAGUCAACUGGCAGAAGCAAUCUGGAACCUCCCACAGAAAGGCAAGCAAGCACUUGAAAUUCUGUGGUCCAAUUUGGAAGCUUCCUUCUUUAAGGAUCUAGUGACCAUGUUUCAAAGGCUUAUUGAUAUUAAGCUAUCUUCUUUCAAAAAAUUUGAUUUUGGGAAUUUCAACAAUAAGGAUGAAUAUCUUACGCCUCUUAAAGUCUUCCAAAUGCUUUAUGAGGUAAAUUGCAGGUGUGGUUUCAAAAUUCAGGAAAGUAAUUUUUAUGUACCAGAAAUACAGAAAAUAUGUUUCAUACCAAAUUUGAAUCGCAUACGAAAUGUAGCACAAAUGAUUCAGAAAAGCUAUGAAAUAUCUCUGGCUUUAUCUGACCUCAGCCAAUUUCCUUGUAUCUUCAAGUUUGAAGAUAAAAUUGUGAUGCAUGACAUACAACGCCAACUUUUGCAUUUACAACACACAUGGGAAAACUCUGUGACCCCUAUAAUGCAUGUAAGGAGGCAGAAUUUACUACAGGAUACCUGGCACUAUCUAAGAAGGGCAGAAGAAAUUUACUUUGAACAAUAUUUUGAAGUGUGUUUUGAAGGAGAACCUGGGAUCAAAUAUGGGGGCCUGAUCCAGGAGUUCUUCACAAUCCUCAGCAGACAACUGUGUACCUCAGAAGCACAAGUAUUCAAGCACUUUGAGGAGUCACACUGUAUUUGGUUCUCUCAUGAAGUAUCAACACAGGAGGACAUAUAUUUUUUAAUUGGGAAUCUGUUUGGAAUAGCGCUCCAAAAUUUGAAGAUAAUUGCUUUACCUUUCCCUCUUGCGUUGUUCAAGAAAUUGGCAAAUAUUGAUCCAACACUGGAAGAUUUAAAAGAACUUUCUCCUACAGUUGGACGCACUCUUCAGGUUAUACUGGAUGAACGCUGUGAUGACAUCCUUGAAAACAUGAUGUUGGAUUUCACGAUAGUAGAAGAAUGUAAAGGAUCCAUAAUUGAGGUUGACUUGAAAGAAAAUGGUGCCAACGUUCCUGUUACUUUGUACAACAGAAAAGAAUAUGUUGAUGCUUAUGUGAAUUACAUAUUCAAUGAUUCCGUGAAAAAGCAGUUCAGGGAUUUCAUGCAUGGAUUUCAAAGAGGUUGCCCAAGUACAAUGUGGAAAAUGUUUCUUCCUGUUGAACUCCGAGUUAUCCUGCUUGGACAUGUCAGAUAUGACUGGGACGAAUUAGAAAAGAACACCAAAUAUAAUGGUUUUGAAGAGUCAGAUGAAACAAUCAAGAACUUUUGGACAGUGUUUCAUGACCUUCCUGAAGAAAACAAGAAGAAUUUUCUAG